AUGAGUCAAAACUUCCUGCAGCUUAAUGCCUCAAAAACAGAGGCCAUCCAAACUGAGAAGCUGGUCCACGCCUUCGUCUCCUCCAGGCUGGAUUACUGCAAAGCUCUCCUCAUCAGGAUCUCUUCAGAAGCUCCAGCACGUACAGAACAGCGCUGCCAGGGUCCUGAUGAGGCAGAUAAAACCAGAACCACACUGACAGCAGAGGAAACAAUCAUACCACUAGGGGGCAGUGUUAGACUGACCUGCUCUGUGGAUGGAUCUGCUGACUGGAAGUUUGACUGGUUCAGAAAUGGGAAACAAUAUUCUGUAGACCAGACCAGAGGAAACAUUGAGCCAUACAGAGUCAUCAGUAUCUCAGAGGGAGGUCUAUACAGCUGCAGAGGAGGAAGAGGAGAUCCAGUUUUUACAACAGAAACAAGCAAAGAAAUCUCUAUUAGGAAAACUGUGUCUAAGCCCACUGUGAUCCUUCAACCCAACUGGCCUCAGAUAUUCAGAGGAGAGAAAGUCACUCUGAGAUGUGAGAUCCAUGGAGGUGGAGGAGCUCAGUGGACGUAUGAAUGGAGACCAACCAACAGAAACUCUGAAACAUCCAGUGAAUACAGGAUCAACACAGCUACUGAAUCCUACAGUGGAGAAUAUAGAUGCAGGGCUGCAGGUGACUACCAGAUAACAGACUGGAGUGAUGCCUUCAGACUGACAGUUAGAGCAGAUAAACCCACAGCCUCAUUGAUAUCGGAUCAGAGAAUAAUACCACUAGGGGGCAGUAUAACACUGACCUGCUUUGUGUCCAGCUCUACUGACUGGAAGUUUGACUGGUUCAGAAAUGGGAAACAAUAUUCUGUAGUCCAGACCAGAGGAAACAUUGAGCCAUACAGAGUCAUCAGCAUCUCAGAGGGAGGUCUAUACAGCUGCAGAGGAGGAAGAGGAGAUCCAGUUUUUACAACAGAAACAAGCAAUGAAUUCUCUAUUAGGAAAACUGUGUCUAAGCCCACUGUGAUCCUUCAACCCAACUGGCCUCAGAUAUUCAGAGGAGAGAAAGUCUCUCUGAGAUGUGAGAUCCAUGGAGGUGGAGGAGCUCAGUGGACGUAUGAAUGGAGACCAACCAACAGAAACUCUGAAACAUCCAGUGAAUACAGGAUCAACACAGCUACUGAAUCCUACAGUGGAGAAUAUAGAUGCAGGGCUGCAGGUGACUACCAGAUAACAGACUGGAGUGAUGCCUUCAGACUGACAGUUAGAGCAGAUAAACCCACAGCCUCAUUGAUAUCGGAUCAGAGAAUAAUACCACUAGGGGGCAGUAUAACACUGACCUGCUAUGUGUCCAGCUCUACUGGCUGGAAGUUUGACUGGUUCAGAAAUGGGCAACAAUAUUCUGUAGAUCAGACCAGAAGAAACAUUGAGCCAUACGGAGUCAUCAGCAUCUCAGAGGGAGGUCUAUACAGCUGCAGAGGAGGAAGAGGAGAUCCAGUUUUUACAACAGAAACAAGCAAUGAAAUCUCUAUUAGGAAAACUGUCUCUAAGCCAACAGUGAUCCAACAACCCAGUGGGUCUGAUGUAUACAGAGGAGAGAAAGUCACUCUGAGAUGUGAGAUUUAUGGAGGUGGAGGAGCUCAGUGGACGUAUGAAUGGAGAACAACCAGCGGAAACUCUCCAACAUCCAGUGAAUACGGGAUCAACAGAGUCUCUACGUCUGACAGUGCAGAAUACAGCUGUAGGGCUGAAGGAGAUCAUCAGAUAACAGAAUGGAGUGAUGCUUUAACACUGGCAGUGAGAUCAGAUAAACCCAGAGCCACACUGAGAGCAGAGAAAACAACGAUACCACUAGGGGGCAGUGUUAGACUGACCUGCUCUGUGGAUGGAUCUGCUGACUGGAAGUUUGACUGGUUCAGAAAUGGGCAACAAUAUUCCGUAGUCCAGACCAGAGGAAACAUUGAGCCAUACAGAGACAUCAGCAUCUCAGAGGGAGGUCUAUACAGCUGCAGAGGAGGAAGAGGAGAUCCAGUUUUUACAACAGAAACAAGCAAUGAAACCUCUAUUAGGAAAACUGUCUCUAAGCCCACUGUGAUCCUUCAAUCCAACUGGUCCCAGAUAUUCAGAGGAGAGAAAGUCACUCUGAGAUGUGAGAUCCAUGGAGAUGGAGGAACUCAGUGGACGUAUGAAUGGAGACCAACCAGCAGAAACUCUCCAACAUCCAGUGAAUACAGGAUCACUGCAGCUGACAGUGGAGAAUAUGAAUGCAGGGCUAGAGGAGACUACCAGAUAACAGACUGGAGUGAUGCCUUCAGACUCACAGUUAGAGAUAAACCUCAGCCUGUCCUCUCUGUGUCUCCAUCAGAUAAACCUCAGCCUGUCCUCUCUGUGUCUCCAUCAGAUAAACCUCAGCCUGUCCUCUCUGUGUCUCCAUCAGAUAAACCUCAGCCUGUCCUCUCUGUGUCUCCAUCAGAUAAACCUCAGCCUGUCCUCUCUGUGUCUCCAUCAUGGCUGAGUCCUGGAGCCUCAGUGACUCUGAGCUGUGGGGGGUUGGAGCAUCCAUCUGCAGGAUGGAGGUUCUUCUGGUAUAAAGUGGUUCCAGCUAAAUCCAGCAGCUCCUACAGCUUAGAGCUGCUGACUGACAGAACCAACUGGACUGAACAGAACUCCUACCUCAUUAAUGGACAGAAUCACUCAGCAGGAUAUGUGUGCAGAGCAGGAAGAGGAGAACCAGUGUUUUACACUGAAUACAGUGAAGCAAAGUUUGUCUGGUCUGCAGACGCUCAUCCAGCUGCUUCUCUCUCAGUGACUCCAGACAGAGUUCAACAUUUUACCUAUCAGUCUGUCACUCUGAGCUGUAGUGGGAACAACACUGAGUGGAGAAUGAGGAGGUUUACAGAAACAGGUGGACUAUCAGACAUUCACUGCUCCAACUGGGGGACAAUGACUGGGUCCUUAUGUUCUAUAAACACAGACUGGUCUCACAGUGGAGUGUACUGGUGUGAGUCUGGAUCAGGAGAUUUUAGCAACGCAGUCAACAUCACUGUACAGGAUAAACAUUAUAGUAUUAUCCUGGUGAGCCCCGUCCAUCCUGUGACUGAGGGAGAUCCUGUUACUCUGAGCUGCGGAAAUAAAGAACAAAAACUUCUCUCCAAUGUGUUUUUCUAUCACAAUAACAAACUGAUCCACAAUGACAGCAGAGAGGAGCUGAACAUCUAUGCAGUGUCAAAGUCAGAUGAAGGUUUCUACAAGUGUGAACAUUCAGGAAAGGAGUCACCAGAGAGCUGGAUGGCUGUUAGAGUGUCUCUGUCCAGUCCUGUUGACUCUUCAUUUGCUGUGCUGAUGAUUGUUGGACCAUUUAUAGGAAUAAUUCUCAUUAUCUUGCUGCUGCUGUUGUGGUGCUACACACGGUUCAAAGAUUUCUGCAUCAGGUCAGAAAGCAACAGUCAGAGCUCCACCACCAAUCAUGGAGUCAACCAGACAGACAGCCAAGUUUACAGCUCUCUGCUGCACGGUGAUGUUGAGUAUGAGUCAUUUCACCGGGCCACAAUCAAAGGGAGCCCUGAUGACCCAGAUGAGGAUCCUGUUUACAGUAAUAUUGAAGCAGAAACCACAGGAAUGUAG